AUGGCUGAGCGUAAUGCCCAGGCAGGGGAUAACUGGGCUCUCCGCUAUGACCACAUGCAGUUCCAUCUCCCCACCUCAGUAUGCCACUUGCCCUAUAUGGACUAUGACAAGAAGCUUUCAACUCCCCACCGUCUGUCGAAAGAGGAUUUGGCUUCCCAGGUACAACGAUAUGUCAAGGCUUUCAAUCUCAACAUGAUCACUUCGGCGCAGAUUCAAUGGACAGAGUAUGAUCCAUCGACCAAGAGGUGGAUGGUGAAGUUCCAGACUCCUGGUGGUCAAUGCACAGCAAUCUCUAAACACGUUGUUAUGGCCACAGGAAUUGGAUCCCAAAAAAUGAAUAUACCAUCGAUAACAGAUAGCCACCUAUACAAAGGUAUCAGCAUCCACUCAGAGCAAUACAAGAAUGCCGAGAAACUGAAGGAGAAAGGAGCGAAUUCAGCUAUCGUAAUUGGCUCUGCCAAUACAGCUUUCGAUAUCCUCAAGGACUGCCACGCUGCAGGACUCCAAACAACAAUGAACGUUCGUUCUCCGACGUAUAUAAUCCCAGUGGAGCACAUCGAUCACCCAGCCAGCCUAGGCGCCUAUGAUGCUGGUGUUGAGCGCGGAGACAACAUCUUUAUGACACUCCCGACAUUCAUAGACGCCCAGCUCGCCCGCGACUUGCUUGCGCAUCUCGCAUCACAGGAGCCGGACCGCUACAAAGCUCUGGCAGCAACUGGAUUUCCCGUUCUGGAAAGCACCAGCCCAGAAUGUGCUUUGAUGCAGAACCUGAUUGAGAGUGCUGGUAAACACUAUGUCGAUGUGGGCGGUACCAAGCUACUAGAAGAAGGCAAGGCUAGUAUCAAGGCUAAUGUUGAGCCUAUUGCAUACACGGCGACGGGGCUGCGGUUCUCGGAUGGCAGCCAUGUUGAUGUGGAUGCUGUCAUAUGGUGUACUGGAUUUGCCGAUAAAAAUGUGCGAGAAACGGCUAUUGAGAUCCUGGGUGGCUCUGCAAGUCAGGCUUCCAGCAAUUCCCAGAGUGACAAGAAUGGCGUGGACAGCAUGGGGGGCGAGGCCAAUGGUAAGCAGAAGCUCGGUCCUCGCGAGAUUGCUGCUUGCAUUGACGCCACAUGGGGUGUUGAUUCCGAGGGCGAGAUCCGUGGCAUGUGGAAGAGGCAGUCACGCCUUGAUGGCUUUUGGGUAAUGGGUGGCUAUACACAGCAACACCGGUGGCACUCGCGGACGUUGGCGCUUCAGAUCAAAGCUGCGUUGGAGGCUCAGCUGGAAGAGCGCAAGACUGUAAUUGCCCUGUUCUACAAGGAACUUGUUAUCUUGAGGUCCCUGGUUCGAUCCCGGGUCAGGGGAUCAUUUUUUAUUUCUGCACAUGUAUUUUUGUGCUACAUCACAAACUUACCUGUCUAG